GCUACAGUAUUACGUUCUUCUAUGCUUUGCUACACGUCUGGCAUAAAAUCCUGGAGGAAGCUUACAAAUCGUUCAGCCAUGGCGGCUGCUGCUGCUGCUGCUGCUCUCCAACAGCGGUGGUAGGAUCCUUGUGUUUCCAGAUACCAGUUAUUUAAGUGCAUUAUCACAAUGAGUCAAGAACUUCAGUAUUUAUUGGAAACAAAGAGAUUGGUAUCGCUUGUGGCAGUGGUAUUUGCUCUGUUUAUGAUGUUCCAGUAUUUUGAGUUUCCGUAUGGUGAUGUUGUAUCAUCCUUAUUCUCUGCCAGUAAGGCCCAAACAUUGGGGAACAUCACCCGUUUUGAUAGCUCUAACUAUACAAAGCCUGCUGGUAUACUUGGGAAGGAUAAUAGGACCAUAUACAAAGGAGAUGAUGUGGGAUCUGGAAAUUUUGAAUCAGAAAGGAAUGCGGACAUGGAUGAAUUCAUGGAAACAGGAGAUGAUGUAUCGAGAGAAGGGGUAGAAGAGGUAGAAAAAGCAGAAGUUUUGGCACCUGAGAAGGCCACAGAAUCUGGUGCUGAUUUUCUUAUCGGUAAUGUUAGUAAUUCAAACUCUGUCCAAGAUAUCGAGGAACCUGGGGGAUCACAGAAAAGCUCGGUUCCAUCAGACAAUAAAUCAUCUAUCAACGAAGUUCCUCCAGUUAAGGGAACACAUGAGAGGCCGAUGGGGGAAGUAGUAACAAUCUUGGAGAUGCAUGAUAUGUUAGUUAAUAAUCGUGCUUCAUCUCAUUCGAUGAAACCACGAUGGUCUUCAACAGUUGAUCAAGAAUUACUAGAUGCAAAAUUGCAGAUUGAGAAUGCUCCUGCCAUUGACAACGAUCAUACACUUCAUCCUUCCCUGUAUGUUAACAUUUCAAGGUUUAAGAGGAGCUACGAUUUAAUGGAAAAGAUUCUCAAGGUAUACAUUUACAAGGAGGGAGAAAAACCCAUAUUUCACCAGCCACAAGCAGUGCUCAAGGGAAUAUAUGCAUCCGAGGGAUGGUUCAUGAAGCAUAUGAAAGCAAGCAAACAUUUUGUUACCAAGAAACCGAAACAAGCCCAUCUAUUCUACAUUCCGUUUAGCUCUCGAAUGUUGGAAGAGAAACUCUAUGUGCUUGAUUCUCACAAUCAUAAAAACUUGGUAAAGUACUUGAAGGACUAUCUUGACUUAAUAGUUGGGAGAUACAAUUUCUGGAAUAGAACUGGUGGAUCUGAUCAUUUCUUCGUCGCUUGUCAUGACUGGGCCGCAUCUGAAACAAAGAAACAUAUGGAUACUUGCAUAAGGGCUCUGUGUAAUUCAGAUGUCAAAAAAGAAGGAUUCAAAUUGGGAAAAGACGUUGCUUUACCAGAAACAUUCGUUCGCUCAGCUAAGAACCCGUUAAGAGAAUUUGGAGGAAAACCCCCUUCCCAACGCUCAACACUAGCGUUCUUCGCUGGCCAAAUGCACGGUAACUUCCGUCCGAUUCUCUUACAACACUGGGAAAACAAAGACCCCGAUAUGAAAAUCUUCGGGAAGCUUCCAAAAUCUAAAAACAACAAAAACUACGUUCAGUACAUGAAGAGUAGCAAGUAUUGUAUAUGUGCCAAGGGUUAUGAAGUCAAUAGUCCUAGAGUUGUGGAAGCCAUCUUUUAUGAAUGUGUUCCUGUUAUCAUAUCCGACAAUUUCGUCCCACCAUUUUUCGAGGUUUUGAAUUGGGAAUCGUUUGCAGUUUUCGUUCAGGAGAAAGAAAUCGCUAAUCUGAAGAAUAUUCUUGUUUCGAUUCCACAGAAAAGGUAUCUGGUGAUGCAGGAAAGGGUUAAGCAGGUACAACAGCAUUUUCUUUGGCAUGUUAAGCCUGUGAAGUAUGACAUCUUUCAUAUGAUACUUCAUUCAAUAUGGUAUAAUAGAGUCUUCAGAAUAAAUCCCAGCUGAUAAUGGUGGUUUUCCGUUCUUAUUAUGAUCGUUGGCAGUAAUUACCGACAAAUUUUGUGCAUGAAAAAUGUACGUAAUUUGUAUAGUGGUUGCGUUCCAUUUUUUUUGGGGGCGUGAUGCACAAUUUCGACCACAUCCGUUUUUAUUCGUGUAUGAAAUAGUUGUAUCAUAUAAAACAAUGAGAGGGUUGAUUAUUGGAGAUCUAGAUAUUGAGCAUAGAUGUAUUGAGUUGAUUUUAUUUUUCUUACCUUUUCAAUGUAAUUUAUAAACAUAAUUCAAAUUAUUUAG